CGGCGUUGCAUGUCUUCCGCGAAAGCGAGUGCCCAGCGAGAUCGCGAAUUUUCUAGACUCCCGCACCUUGGGAACGGUACCGAGCGUCGGCGCAAGCCGCAGUCUGCGUAGUUUCUCUUGCUGAGCGAAGCUCGAUUCAUCGGGGAGUAAAGCCUUGCUUGUGGACGCUGCCACCUGCCACUAGGAAAGCAUGGCCAAAUGGGGCGAAGGUGACCCACGCUGGAUCGUCGAAGAGAGGCCCGACGCCACCAACGUGAACAACUGGCACUGGACCGAAAAGAAUGCCUCGUAUUGGUCCAAGGACAAGCUUACCGAGCUUCUCACAAACAUUGAAGUGAGCGACUCGAGAGGAACCUGCAAGAUUGUGGAAAUGACUAGCUGCGAAGGUGAGGCCUCUGCCAACAACCGGAAGGCAAAGCUCAUCUUCUUUUAUGAGUGGGCCAUCGAACUCAAGUGGCAGGGUGAGCCUGACGACAGCGACGAGACCAUCGAGGGAAAGGUGGAAAUACCGAACCUCAGCGAAGAGCACGACCCCAGUGACGUGGACGUGACAGUGACUGUCUCAUCCAAAGGUGACAAGGCCGAAGCAUUGAAGGAGCUUAUGAGAAAUAAAGGCACCAAAAUAAUUCGAGAAAGGCUAGAAGACUACAUUUCGGCACUUAAGAAAGAAUUUUCACAAGGAAUGAUCUUGCCCACGAAGAGCGACUCCAUCAACCAGGUCAAGUCAACGGGCAAGACGACGGUCAACUACAAGCAAUCGCCACUGAAUGGCUCGUCGGGCGACAAGGCGUCCAGCCUCGUCAAAGUGGACACCACGAGCAUAACGCAGGCGGAGACCUUCAAGUGCACAGCCGAAGAGUUUUACCGGGCCCUGACGGUCCAGGAGAUGGUGCAGGCAUUCAGCCAAAGCUCGUGUGUGCUUGAGGCCAAGAACGGAGGCAGAUUUGAGCUCUUUGGCGGCAAUGUCAGCGGAACCUUCGUAGAACUAAUUCCUGACAAGAAGAUCCGCAUGCGGUGGCGGUUUGGCAGCUGGCCCCAAGGCCAUUACUCCGACGUCACCAUCAACAUCGAGCAGAAGGCGGACUGCACCGAGGUGACGCUGACGCAGGAGGGGGUCCCGCAGGGAGAAGCGGACCGCACGCGAGACGGUUGGCAGCGUCACUACUGGGAGAGCAUGAAGAGAACGUUCGGAUUUGGGGCCAUCCUGUUCUAAAUAGAAAGACUGUGAACGUGUGGCUUCCUCCCCCAUAAGCAAGAAAAAGACGUGACUUUGAAACGCUGCCCUGCAUACCUCCGCCGCACGGUGUGGCGUACAACAACACUGGAUGGUGGUUGGUGUGCUGGCUCGCCUGACAUGCUUGCAUUUCUGAAGAGAGUGUUUGGACCAGUACUUUGAAGGUACCAGACUGACGUGACUGUGAGGGAUGGGGGGGGGGGGGGGGAGGUGUCUAGGUACUAAUCCACACAAUUCUCCUGUUUUGCACUGCCUGCAUCAGCUUGUAAUCAUUUUCAUGCCAAGCUUGCACUGUACUGACAUAAAUGAAUCCGGGCUGACAUAAAUGAAUUUACAGGAAGUGAAGCUACGGAUUUUUACAAACCUGGUGAUUUUGUAACUAGUGCAAGUAGCAGGUUGUGAAUGUUUGAUUCGUGGGUUAAAAAGCAUUCGUGGGUUGAAAAGCGAGAUUGCUUUUGGUAAAAAUUUUUCAUCAAUGCGACAUCUGGUCUGAUUGAAAACAUGUCUUGAGUACUGCUUUUCAUAGUUAUCGCACAUGCUAUCAAUUUUUCGGAACUUGAAGCUUGUGUAACCCCGGUAAAUACCUGAAAAAAAAAAAAAUGGCCAGCUCAUUUCAUUUUGUUUAUUCAGACAUGCUGCUUCUUCACAUUCGGAGCCUGCGCUACUGUGGUGAUAUUCUAAGACAUUUGAAUAGAAAGUGUUGUUGGAAGCUGUAAAUAAAAACUGAUAAAUAUGAGGUUUUUUUU